AUGGCCACCGGCCCAACCCGUGAACCCAUCCCCGUGAUACCCACGCCUCCCUGCCCACCAGGCAGCCACGCCGCCGUCGAAAUGGCCGUCGAGAUGGUGCUCGUUCACAACUGCUUGAUUCGUGCGAUCAACAGCAUCUACUACUACGCGCAACAUGUCACAAAGGCCGAGGACAUUCGCGAUUUUCUCCACUUUUGCGCCGUUUCUGUUGACCUCAUUCACCAUCACCAUGAAGGCGAGGAGUCCUUCAUCUUCCCGCCUUGGGCUGAAGCCACUAAUCGGAAGGAUCUCUUGGAAAACGUUGCGGAGCAUAGGGAGUUCCACGAUGGGCUGGACAAGUUAGGGGAGUAUGCCAGGACAACAACACCAGAAGCGUAUAACAGUCAGGAGCUGUUCAAGGUGUUGGAUGGGUUCGUGCCCCCGUUGACAAGCCACCUGAACAGUGAGGUUGACAGGAUCUUGGCUAUGGAGAAUACCGAUAAUGCGGUGGCGAGGAGGAUUCUGGAUGAAGGGAAGAAAAAAGCGAUGGAUGGUGCCUCGCGGGACAAGCUGGUACCUUUCAUCCUAGGAUGUCACGAUGCGACGUUUGAGGGCGGCAAACAUUUCUUCCCGCCGAUGCCGGGGCUGGUGAAAAUGAUCCUGGUUUGGUGGUAUGGGAGCAAGUUCCAGGCGACGUGGAGGUUCUGUCCGUCUGAUCUGUACAGUCGCCCGAAAGAACGCAUCCUGGGGCCAGGUGCAGCAUAG